CAAUAUCGGGAUUAGCUUCCAUACUCUUCACAACCCUUCGAAUCCUCAGUUUCAAUUUAAGUAAUUGAGUUUAAAAUGGAUUUCAGCGCAAAGUUUUUCUGUAUAUUUACGCUUAUAUGUUUAUUUUUUGUCAUUCAAAAUCAAUCUCAACCAAUCGAUGAAGGAAACUAUGUAGCGAACGUGUCAGAUGGUGAAAUGAUGGAAACCGCUGAAUCGCAGAAUCCGUUUCUACCGCGAUUCGCUAUGAAAAAGCUAAAGGAAAGGCGGGAAAAAGCUCAAGCACAGAGAAGAAAUUAUCAAGCUCAAAGAAGAUACCAACCAACUCGCAGUCAAGUGCGGUGCUCGCAUUAUAAAAAAUGAAGAGCUACAUAAUUUUAGUGUUCGCAGUAACAAUAGGGUUCGAUUUCGUCGUUACAAAUAGCAUCUUAAAACAAACUGUGGCCGAUAAGGAUUUGCUAUUGUCCGAAAGUAAUGACUCAAGCACGAAUCACGACGAAACGCUUUCAAACAAUAGCCAAACUGAACCAGAGAGAAUCGAAACAAAUGUAAACGGUGAGACAAUUAUUCCAAAUCUGCCGAUUGAAGAAACCAUGCAAAUUGCUAUUGGAGAAAAUUUCCAGGAUUCAAUGGGUCUAAUUGAUUUUAAAGAAGCUAUUGAUAAUAGUCAACAAGAUUAUUUUAAUAAUGAUUUUAAUUUAAAAGAACAAAUUGAUACAAGUCUUGAAGAUGACUUUGAAUUAGUAAAGGAAAGUGAUUACUACUACAACGACUUAAUUUCUAAGGACCCUAACGAGAUCAUGCAAACGGCCGCUGGAUUUGUGCCUAUUCCUAUAUUCCGUAAAAAACAAAAGCAUACACCACGCAGACAGUAUGCUACCAGAAGGUAUAACAGAAGACCCUACGCCAGCAGAAGAAAUUAUUUCUUUUAUCCAUAUUACAGUUAUUAUCGCCCAAGCUCUCUAAGAUAUUAUUACUAUUAACAUAAAAAUAAGUGUAAUCUAUUUAAUUUUAUAUAUAGUACAAAAUGUAUACUCUAAAUAAAAAAAACAUAUCAAAUAUGGCUCCAAAUACAUUUAUUAGUAAAACCUUAAUUACCUCGUAUUUGCAUGUUUUAAAAUGCUUUAUCAAUUCAUUGAUCAGAUUUGUGUACUAAUAUCUACUUAAAUAUUUAUUUACAUCCACCCACAAUUAACUGAUUAUUACUUUUUUAGUAUUUUACUUAAGAACACAAAGAAUUCUUACAACAAUUGUAUUAUUUCCAUGGCAGUUUGUCAGUUACGUUGCUUUUUUAGAACAUAGUUUUUAAUAAUAGUUUAUAAUAUGUAAAACAUAACUAUAUAAAUAAUGAUUGCGCAUACAAGUAAGCUUAAACAAUUAAAAAUAAGUUAUAAUUUAUGUAAAUAUAUUAUUAUGCCAUACACAACAAUACUUCUUUGUUGUGAUUAUUAUUAGAAAUUAAGUUAAUUUUAAAGGUCAGUAAGAAAUGUUAAUUGACAACCUCGAAAUUGUGAUUAAAUAGAAUAGAAUGAGAAACAGGGAAAAUAUGUUGACGAAACAUUUACCACACUUAAUAAUAAAAAAGGUUAGGCUAGGUUGUAUUUAUUUCGAAAAAAAAAAACAGUUGAUAUUAAUUCGAUUCCACUGAAGGGAACUUGAUUAUUGUGUCAUGAAAUUAUAUUACCUUAAUCACACAA